GGCAACACACAGCAGCUCAGAACAGCAAAGAGUCUCCAAAGAGGAAGUCCACUGAGAAGAGAGCUUCUUCUUUUCUGUGCUUUAGCAGAUAACCUGUAGUGAGAAAGGCUGUGCCUGAGAUCGAGAUCGACGCGAGCCAAGCUCACACCUGCAGCCCACAGCUAGCUGGAGAGUAAAUGAGACGAGUCCUGUGAUAAGAAGCUUCACGCCCCGUUCGUCUCUCAGUUAGCAAUUGCUGAGGUCGAGGUCAGAAGAGCAAGCGUCGCAGGAAGAAUUCGAGUUUGUUAGGACAGUAGGCAAAGCCCUCUGUCCACUCAAGUCUCAAGAGCAGCGAAGCAGCAUUCGCAUCGAGCGUCAUGCUGCACAAGAUGUUGAGCGCCACAUUGGUGCUAUUGGCCGUUUUGGCAACGGUGUCCAUCACUCCAGCCACAGCGCAAACUCGUCCCAGGUCUCUGAUGUGGGACUGCUUCAAGGACUCUGGUUUCCUAUCGUCCGUCCUCCAGUAUGAAGACAUCGCCACGUCGCUGCUCAUGCAGCGCAACAAGACUGCUCGCCAGGCACCGCCCUGCAUCCAGGCCUGCUCGGCCAAGGGCUUCGAGUUCGCCGGAAUCCGCAACAACACCCAGUGCUGGUGCGGUAUGAACGUCACUGCCGACACCAGGCAGGCCGUCAAGUGCCUGUACUGCCCCGGGGACAGUCGCUACAGAUGCGGAAGCACCAACCAGAUCGCCGUCUACCAGACUCCACGAGUGCCACCUCCCCCCUUCAAAUACGUGCGUUGUCUGCUAUACAAGACCAAGGCGGAGCGCAGCAUGAUGAAGGGCGUGAUGAGAGAGUAUAGCUACAUGAGCUACCGCGCCACCAACUACCGACAGAUGACCAGCUGCGUGCAGGCGUGCUCGGCGCGCGGCUACCGGUACGCGGGAAUCACCUACAAGUUCUGGUGCCACUGCGGCAACACGCUGCGCAAGAACCGCAACGGCGCCUGCCCCAAGUGCCAGGGAGACCGUCGCCAGUACUGCGGUUCCGAGUCCACCAUGUCCAUCUACGAAAUCAGGAACGUGUUCCCGCGUGCCAGCGUGUGCGGCGGCAACAACAAGUCUGUGGCCGUCAACGGAUCCAUCUCGCUGCACUGUGACUCGCCCGGCAGCAACAUCGAGUUCUCCUGGGAGAAGGUCGACCGCUUUGGACGCACCGUGCCACUCGAUCGCUUCCGCAUGCACCUAUCGCCGUCCGGCAGGACCCUGGUCAUCCAGAACGCUUCGUACUCGGAUGCCGGCAAGUUCCAGUGCAGGGCUCGCAACGAUCACAUCGUGGAUGCCCGCCAGAGAUCCAGCAUUGCCAUCGCCAACCUUCAAGUGAUCAAACCAGUGAUGAUUUCCAUGCGCCAAGACCGCGCGGCCAUCGACAACCAGCAGGCCAAGCUGACGUGCGAGGUGAUUGGCGCCGGCCCGCUGUCGCCCUUCUCCGUCCAGUGGCUGUUCAACGGGCGACCGCUGGGGCCAUUCUCGUCGCAGCUGCCCGCCUCUCACCAGAUCCACGUCAACCCUGCCGUGCACAACAACAACCAGCAGUUCAACAACCAGCAGUUCACCAACCAGCGGGGUGUGCCGCAGCCAGGCAGCAGAGUCAACACCAAGAGCAGGACCAACACCAACCUCAGGAACAUACAGGCGAGAAACCGGGCCAUCCUCAACAGCAGGAAAACGCAGCAGGCAAAACUCCUCCAGGCCAGGAAAGCGCAGCAAGCAAAACUCCGCAAUGCGCAGCAGGCAAGGCUCCGUAAUACGCAGCAGGCAAGACUCCGUAAUGCGCAGCAGGCAAGACUCCGCAAUGCGCAGCAGGCAAGAUACAACACUAACAACAGGAACGUACAGCAGCCCGCCUACCAGAACAACAUGAAUGUCCAGCAGCCGUACGGAAACACGCAGAACAACAGGAAUAUGCAGCAGCCGUACGGAAACACGCAGAACAGGAAUAUGCAGCAGCCGUACGGAAACAUGCAAAACAACAGGAAUAUGCGUCCCAACACUGGCAGGACCGGAUACACAAACGCUCGCAACAACGCCAUGAUGCCGAGGGGAGCGCAGAUGCUGGGUCAGACCAACGACUAUACAUUCAUGCAACAAGGCAACGCUCACGUGCUGGUCCUGCGCCGCAUCCAGUUCCGUCACUUUGGCAACUACACGUGCCGCGUCUUCAACCCGGCGGCAACCACCGACGACCUGCGCGUCCUGCAACAUGAGUUCAGUCUGCGUCGCCGCGGACAACCCCUUCACUCGAUCCCAACGCAGUUCCCGUACACGUCCUACUCACGGGGUCAGACCUGUCAGCUCAAGAACGGUCCAGGCAUCUUCAAGGACGGUGCCCUCGUCGUGGCCGUCCUCAUGUCGGUGAUCAACGCCUUCCUGCUGCUCGUGCUCGUCUUCGUGGGAUACCGCUGGAUGAAGUCCAACAGCGACAGUGGCGACAAGCAGCCGAAAAACUUGAACACUCAGGAUAGUGAUUGGACGAUGCCUGGUAGUCCCAAGGGCGGCGGUAAAUCAUCCAAGUCGUAUCGACUCUACUUCGGCGGGGCCAACCCAGGCGCAGAGCAGACACCACCAAAUGAAGAUUCGCUAGACCCGGCAGCGCGCACUGGAAGUGAUGCACCAAGUACUGGAUUUUAGUCGCCUACCCUUGUCUCCAUAUCUCACAACUCUUCCUCUCAUUUGUCCUCUUCUUGCUGCUGCUGCGCUGUCUAUCUGUGAACACUUUACACGUAUGCCCUGUGCAAUGAUCAUGCAUUCUGAUAACUGAUGAGUAUUAUUGUUAUGUCCUCGCCAUAUUCCUGGCCACAUUCAUUAUGAUGUUUGUGCAUAGAACUCACGCUAUUUCUGAGAUUGUCACUAUUUUCAAGGCUAAAAAACAAAGUAUACAACAAGGAAUGAUUUUGGUCCGAAGUGCGAGACCUUACCUUAUCCUGCUGUGCGAUCUAGCCUCUGCCAGCCUGUAACAGAGAUAGGUGAUUUACACUCUGGACUUUAACAUUUCCCUACGCUCUAUUCCGUAAUAUAUCAGCGAAUGCCGUACUAGUAUUCCGUUAUUAAUCUCUAUGAAUAUUUCUACACUAUGGCCUGCACCUGGAGAUAGAAGGUCAGGUUACAUAAUUUUAAAAUAUGCCUUUAUCAUGUUGAUCUGCAGUGCUGAGUUUUAUGACGAGCAGGUUGCUAGAAAGAUGACAGUCUUUACAUCGAUACAA